GGGUUAGUGUCUGUGGAGAAAGGGGCUCCGUUAAAAUUUUCGCUCUGGGGCAUGAGGGAUCUGCGAGGUAAGCCGCACAGAGUCGUGAGGAGACGCCGCAAGGCCCGCGGCCAGGGCGCCCGAGGCCAGGCCCGGGUCCACAGGCGGUCGCACCUAGAAUCGGGAAGCAGACGGGCACAGAUGCUGCGAGAAAAAUUGUGGGUGCCCUGGAACGGGCUCAUUGUGAUCGGGAAGAGAAUGGAGCUCAUGGGUAGAAAUACACAAAAGCCUAGGAUGGGCGACCCAAAGCUUGACUCUGAGUUCUGGAGACCGGAAGACGCGGAAAAAAUGGUCUUGAAAGUGAAGUCAGGCCAGAGUCAGGAAAGGAUGGAUAUGAAGCUACUGCACAGUGUAGCAAGUGCAUUACAGGCUUCAGCAGGUUUGGGGAAAAACAGCCCAAAGGAGAUGGGGGGAAAGCAAGAAAUUAGAGGGAAAAUCGGCGCUGAAUCCGACAGUGCAGGGACUACAGCAGGGUCUAGGAGGGGGUCUGGCUUUAAAGAGAGGUUGAAAUUUACUGGGGUGGGGAUCAGAGGAGAGGACUUGAGAUCCAGACCACAUACACUAGGGCAGAAUGAGGAGUUGAGGUCGAGUGGAGAGAAGGUGAGUGGGGAGAAGCUGAGUGGAGAGAAGCUGAGGUUGAGUGGAGAGCAGCUGAGAUCAAGUGGAGAGAAGCUGAGGUCAAGUGGAGAGAAGCUGAGGUCAAGUGGAGAGAAGCUAAGGUCAAGUGAAGAAAAGCUGAGGUCAAGUGGAGAAAAGCUGAGUGGAAAGAAGCUAAGAUCAAGUGGAGAGCAGUUGAGAUCAAGUGGAGAAAAGCUGAGGUCAAGUGGAGAGAAGCUGAGGUCAAGUGGAGAGAAGCUGAGUGGAGAGCAGCUGAGAUCAAGUGGAGAGAAGCUGAGGUCAAGUGGAGAGAAGCUGAGGUCAAGUGGAGAGAAGCUGACAUCAAGUGGUGAGAAGCUGAGUCUGAGUGAAGAGAACCUGAGGUCAAGUGGAGAGAAAGGGGAAUCCAGUGGAGAGAAGUUGGGAAGUAGUGGAGAGGAUUUGAGAUCCACCGGAGAUAAACUGCAGUCAAGUGCAGAGAAGCUGGAGGGUUCAGGAAUGGGGAGCAUAACUGAGGAGACAACUGAAAGAGUGGUAGUAGUUACUGGUGAUGAAAAAUGGACUAAAGUUACUGAUGCUGAGAUGGAAAAUCCUUUUGAAAGGGUGGAAGGGAGUAAUGAGCUAGAAGGGACUGAGGAAACAGUGGGAGUUGAGGAUGUCUUGGGUGGAGUGAAUGAUAUUGCCGAUGAAUCUGUUUCUAUGGAAGAGAAAGAGGUUACAGAUUAAGGUAAUGGUGAAUGAGGCAGAUGAAGGACUGAAGCUAACGAAGGAAAGAGAGGCCGCUUGAGGAAGUGUUGCAAGUCAAGGAGGAGAAAUUAGAGCCGAGCAGAGCACUGUUGACCCUGAAGAGGUAAAUAUGAGAGAGGAAAGGAGAGCAUGGGAAUGAGGAACUCUAGAGGAUGAAGGUGGAGGCUAGGGCCAAAGGAAAUGAAGAAGAAUGAGGAGGGAAAUGGGAAUAUUUUGAGGAGAAAGAAAAGAUCUGAUAAUGUGUUGCUACGUCGUCGAGGAAAGGUGGAGAUUGUUUUCUUGGAGAAGAGCUGUGACUGAAGGGCUUGUUGGGAAAUGUUUGAGAAAUGGAGUUGGGAGGGGCUAGAUGAUUUAGUUUCAUGUGUGAUUGGUUCAUAAGAGAAGACUGCAUAGUGAGAAAAAUGGAGAAUUACAGCAGGAUAAAGGGUAGGUAAUGAAGGCUGUGAAGGAAGAUGCAAGCUGGAGCGAGCAAAGAAAACUUCUGAGAGAGGAUCCUGAAGAGGAAUGAGGGUCUUCAAAGUGACACAAGCAAGGGAAAAGAAGUGAAGAAAAAAACCUCAUUUUGGCCAACCACAUCAUCUAAUAGCUUCCGGAGAAAGAGACCAUGGGAGAUCUCUGCCUUCCCAAGAUCAUCUACUCCUAGCCUCCUCUGCUGAUUCUCAGGGGUGGAGAAAUUUUUACCUCUCUUAUAGGAGGACUACACAGGCAUGAGGUCAAGACAGUUGUGUGGGUCUCUCAGAUGGCAUUGCAUAGCAUAUAAAUCAUGAACCAAAUAAUCUGACUUGUUCUUUGGGUGGAUUACAUUUUCUCAUGGGAUACCAGAUGCAUUCCACUGAGGCCACAGAAAGAAAAAGUGAAGAUCAAGACACCAGGACAAAUGGCAGCCACCUUCACCAGGGCACGAACCUUUUUCACACCUCCUGGAACAUCACAGCGAAGGCCCAAGCCUGGCAGCCAACCCCCUCCUUGGUGUCCCUCUAGCAGGGGGGACGCGAUGGAAGAACACUGAACUGGACCUCGGGGUAUCCUAGCUAUCCUAGUGUCUCAGACGGUGGACUCUGGGUGGAUCAAAGACUCAUCACGCCACCGGCCUUUCUCCUACAGCUGCAGCUGGACAAACUCUUGGCCUCCGCAAUGUAUCGGCUAGCGUGAGUGAAGCUCCUGGAAGCUGGAGCCUGGCCACACCGCCUGCACAAGCAGCAGCAGAGGGAGGAGUGACAGCAGGACUCUCCCUCCCCAGAACGAUGAGGGCAAAUUCUCACCUCCGCCCUCCAGCUUUAGACCCAGACCCAACCAUCUGGGUCGAUCCUGUAGGGUGAGAGGCCUGCACAGCUCCCUUCACCUGGACAGCAGCAGCAGGUGGCCCAGACCACCCAGAAGCCCUCCUUGGCCAUCACCUGAUGGGACAGCCCCUGGGGUGGAGGCCUCCCCCACACUCCCACUACGGCCCCCAGAACGUGGUGGGGAAAAUCACCAGGAUGCAAGGAAGUCAAUGAUUUGAACAGGAAUUUCUUUGUCCUUUGUAGAAGUCAACACAUGAUGUUACUGAUUGGGAUGUGAAAUAAAACUAAAAAUAACAGCACACUGAGUCUCCCGCAAGGCUCAGCUCACCUUUAACACAGUGCAAGCUCAGUUUAUCAGAUCCGAAGGAGCCGCUGAGCAGCAAGACAAACACAGGUGAGGGAGGAGGCAGGAGCGAGGAAGGGGGCUCCGUUCCUCUCUCGGCCCUUCUGGAGGUAGAGUACCAGUCAGCCGACCGCCAGGGACCUUGGUCAGGCCGGAAACUAUAAACGGAAUCCUGGGCCCACAGCUAAUCCACCUCAGGUGAGCAGGCAGCUCACCUGCCUUUUGGUCUCAGUUUCCCCUCGUUUUAAGGAGGCGGUGGAAAAAGCGCCAAGGCGCCUGAGGUAAGGUUAAGCUGUGAAACCUUCCGACAGCGUCACAAGCCAUUGGAUCCUGGUAGGUCAGGCCACUGAGAUCUCACCGCUACACCCACUGUCUCCACCAAUUUAUUCAGGAGAGAAACUGAGGCAAGGGCCCUUAUGGGGCCCCUCACCGCCCUCGUUUCACCACUUUGCUACAAGGCCUGGGGCGGUGCCAGGGAGCCUGCAGAUCAAGGGUCAAAGUCGGUUGGUUAAUUACAACCCCCCCCUCCCUUGGAGGCGCUGGGCCGGGCGUGCAGCGCAGCCCCCGCCCCACCCUCAGGGCGUGGGGAGGGGGAGUUCCGAAGGAAGCUGGCUUUCUCCUGACUAAAGAUUUUCUUGGGGGUGGAGGAGGACGGAAGGCACAGAAGUGUUCUCAGGGCAUCCAGAGGAAGAUGCCACUGGGAGAAACAACUCGGGUUACUCAUUCAAAGUUGACUCGGACGCUUUCAAAGCGUCCUCCAAAAACAAGCUGGGUGCACCAGCUGCCCCCGGGGGCUUGGUCCCCUGGCUGUGCGCUUGCUGGGCUCCCGAAAAACCCUUUCCACUCAACUGUGUCCUCUGCAACCCUGUCCUCUGGAAGGAGGCGGGUUUCUAACAGCGGUGAGACCUGAUCCCACCUUGGUCCUCAGGACAAGCGGGGUGCAGCCGGGUGCCUUCCCCACGGUCUCCGUGCACUCCGCCGGGCGGCUGGCUGGGAGCCCCCCGGCGGCCAGACCCUCACCACGACUUUCUGGACCCCAGAGUGCGGGGAAGACGGAGAGAUCCAUGAAGGCGGCUUAAACGAGUGUUCUCUUAUAUUUUGCACAAACUGCGGCCGAAACUCCCGCUCGCUCCCUGCCUCCCACCCCCCCAGGUGGCAUCGCUCCAGUGCCCUCCACCCGCC